AUGGAGAAUGAAUAAAUUAGAAAUCGAUCCUUUUCGAAUUAAUGCAAAAUUGUUUUUUAAAAGAACUUUUUGCUUUACUUAAGGGAGAAAUAGGUUUAUGGAGAUUUUCUACCUCCAUUGAUUUGUUUUAUCAUGUUAUACAUAGCAAGUAUUAUAUUGUAGGAUAAAAAGAAUCUAGUAGUGAUAUUGCUGUUUCAUAAAGUAGUGCUUAAUUUCUACCAAUGAGUUUGUUAUUAUUAACAAGAAAUGUGAUAACUGCAAUGAUAAGUGAAAAAUCGGAGAGAUAAAAAGAAACAUAAAAAGUAAAUAUAUGUAAUAAUGUAGAUUAUGGGUUUGAAACCUAAUUCAUAUUCAUUUGGAUGGAUCUUAACAAACUAUGUUAGAUUAUUUGCAGUAUCAUUUUUUUUUCUGAUAUUGGUUGUACCUACAGGUGUAAUGAAAACUAAUGAGAUUAAUAAAAACUCUUUGACGAUGAGUGAAACUAUUAUAAGUUUUGGAAUGUAUGGUUUGGCUCAAUUAUAAUUGUGUUAUUUGAUUGCUGCCAUCUUUGAGACUCCUAAAACAGGAGCAGAUUUAGCAGUAGUAAUAAAUGUAUUUGGUUCGAUUGGAAGUUAACUAUUAACCAUAGAAUAUAUAUAAAAGUAUGAAUUGAUUUAUAUAUUAGACAUUCAUAUGUAGUAUAUAUAUUGAGUUUGAUUCCUUCAUUUUGUUACAAUGUAUAUCCAUAUGUAUCAAUUACUGGAGUUGUUGAAUUUGAUUUUGGAAAAAGAGAGUAUUUUGGAGUACUUCUAUUUGAUAUAAUAUUUUAUGGAUUAUUAGCUUAAUAUCUAGAUUAAGUUGUACCUAAUGAAUAUGGAACAAAUAAACAUCCAUUGUUUUUUUUAGGAGUAAAGUAUGAAAAUUAAAAGAAGAAGAAGAAAAGUCAUGUUUAAAAUUAUUAUGUUGAACCAUUAAAUGAAGAUCUAUAAGAUGGAUAAGAUGAGAGUUCUGCUAUAUUUCAUGAACAAAUGAAAAAUAAAAUAGUAAUUAAUAAAUCUAUAUAAUUAGUAAAAAGCAGUUUAAAUAGAGGAUUUAAAAAGAUAUUUUGGUGAAACAAAGGCAGUUGAUGGAUUAACUUUAUCUAUAUAUGAAUCUUAGAUUCUUUGUUUAUUAGGACAUAAUGGAGCAGGCAAAACAACAGCAAUUUCUUUAUUGACAGGUCUAAUUAAAAAAGAUUAUGGAUAAAUAAAAUAUUAUGGAAUUUCAACUGAUGAAGAUUUAGAUGGUAUUAGAAGCUUUUUAGGAAUUUGUCCAUAGAAGGAUGUUUUAUAUAAUAAAAUGACAGUAGUUGAACAUUUAAUGUAUUAUGGAAAAAUUAAAGGAUUAGAUGGUUAAAAUUUGGAGAAUUAAAUUGAAGAAGUUAUAGAAAAGUGUGCAUUAACAUAAGAGAAAACUAAAUAGGCAAAUUAAUUGUCAGGAGGAAAUAAAAGAAAAUUAUGUUUGGCUAUGGCAUUGAUUGGUGGAUCUAAAGUAAUAUUUUUGGAUGAACCUACUUCAGGAAUGGAUCCAGUUACAAGAAGGAAAAUAUGGAAUAUUUUAUUGUAAAUGAAAAAUGAAGGUAAAUGUUUAAUUUUAACAACACAUCAUUUGGAUGAAGCUGAAGUAUUAUCUGAAAGAAUUGCUAUUAUGGCUAAAGGUAAAUUGUUAACUGUUGGAAGUGUUGAUUUUGUUAAGAAGAAUUUUGGUAUUGGAUAUCAUUUAAAUAUUUAUAAUUUAAAAAAUUCUUUAGAGAUUUGGGAAGAUAAAGUUGAAAAAAUUAAGUCAUUAAUUAUAAAUUAAAUUAAAGAUGCACGUAUAGAACCUUAAACAGCUAAUUUAUGUAUUAGUUUUUCAGUUCCAUUUGAUAGUAAAUCCAGUUUAUUAAAUAUAUUUGAAAUAUUAGAAAAUGAUUAAUCUAUUUAAAUUAAUUUAUUGAUGAACACUUUAGAAGAAGCUUUCAUUAAUAUUGGUAUGGAUGAAGAAGCAUUUUUAAAAAAAGCUUAAAAUAAUAUUACUGUUUAAAGUAAUAAUCAAUCUGAUUAAGAUAUAAAUCUUAAUGAUGAAUUUGCUAAGAUCAUUCCUCCUAAUUGUCUUGGAAAUGAUCCUAUUUAUUCAUUCACUUUACAAUUCAAAGCCUGUUUUCUAAGAAAAUUAUAUGGAAUGAAAGGUAAAAGAUUAGCUGUUCAACUCUUUUUUUCAUCACUCUUUUGUUUCCUUGGUCCAUUAUUAGGUAAUCUUACUUAAAGCACUAUUAAACCAAUUGAUGAUAAUGAUGAUCUUAAAUCAUAUUAUUUAAGAGAAUAUAUAAUAUCAUUUACUAUUUAUCUAUGUGCUUUUAUUGAACUUGUAAUGGCUAUGAGUAUAUCUAGUACUAGUAUAGGUAGUGUACCAGUAUAAGAAAGAUAAUAAAAAUAAAAAUAUGCUCUUAAUGUAAUGGGAUGUAGAAUUGAACCUUAUUGGAUAUCAAAUUUUGCAUUUGAUAGUUGUGUAGUUACAAUUUUAUUUGCAGUUUAUUCAUUAACAACACUUUUAUUAUAAGUAGAAUAACUUAAUUACUUUGUUGUAUAUGCUUUAUUUUUCUGUUGCUUUAUAACAUAUGUAGCCUUAUCAUAUUUAUUAUCAUGGUUAUUUACAGAAUUUCUAUCUUCUUUGAAAUAUAUGAUGUUAUUAAUGGUUUUUAUAUUUUAUAUGCCAGGUAUGAUUUGUUACUUUGUAAUCAAAGAAAAAUUUGUUAAAUGGAUACUAUGUUUCCUAUUUCCAAGUGUUUCAUUAUUAUCAGGAUUAACAGCAGUCUUAGAUCUCAAUUAUAAUCCAUCAAUUAUUGAAGUUCCUAAUUUUUUUAUUGAAUAACCUUGGGUGUUUGUUUGUAUACUAAUAUUUCAAACAUUACUCUAUUUAAUAUUAGCAAUUCUCAUAGAUCAUAGAAAAUUAUUAUCAGUAAAUCAAUAACCAAUCAUUGUUGAAUCCAAAGAUGGAGAUGUUAUUUAGGAAGCUAAAAGAGUUUAAAGUGAAUCCUGUUAAGAUAGAGUUAUUGCUAGAAGGAUCUCAAAAGUAUAUGCAAAUGGUUUCUAAGCAUUGAAAGGUACAUCAUUUGGAGUGGAAUCAGGUUAAAUAUUUGGAUUGUUAGGUCCUAAUGGAGCAGGUAAGUCAACUACUUUUAAUAUGAUAACUUGUAGACUCAAACCAACUACUGGAGAAAUUAAAUUAAUGGGCUAAUUGAUUGAAAAAGGUAAAGGAGAACUCUUUUAAAAUGUAGGAAUCUGUCCAUAAUUUGACAGCUUAUUUGAAAUGAUAACUGUUAAAUAACAUCUAUUUAUUUGGGCAUAUUUAAAGGGUUUGAAUGGAAUUGAAGCUAUUUAAUCAGUUGAAUAUUUUAUGAAAGUUAUGUAAUUAGAUGCAUAUGAGAAUGUUCAUUCAGAUAAAUUAAGUGGAGGAAAUAAAAGAAAAUUAUGUGUAGCAUUAGCAUUAAUGGGUGGUACUAAUAUGUAAUUCUUUGAUGAACCUUCCUCUGGUGUUGAUCCUAUUGCAAGGAGAUUUCUUUGGAAUGCUAUUUAAAAUGGAGUCAAAUUAAGAAAUGGUGCUGUUAUUUUGACAACUCACACCAUGGAUGAAGCUGAAAAUUUAUGUUCUAAAAUUGCUAUUCAAAUUAAUGGACAAUUUUCAUGUAUUGGAACACCUUAACACUUAAAAUAAAAAUUUGGUGAUGGAUAUAGAGUAAGCUUAGAAUUAGAAGAAAAUGUUUAAAGUUAAUAAGUGAUUAAAUUAGUUAAAUAAGAAUAUCCUAAUUGUGAUAUCUUAGAAGAGAAUAACUAUAAAGUUGUAGUUCAAUUAUAAAAAUAAGGAUUUUCAUUCUUUAACUCAUUUAGCUUCUUUUUAGAAAUUAUCUAAAAUUAAUAUAAAUACAUUAAAGAUUUUUAAUUAAAUUAAGCUACAUUAGAAUCUGUAUUCAUGUAUUUUGCUGGUUAAUAAGAAAUAAUUGAAUAAGAUGAAAUCAAAAAGAAAAAAUGUGUAAUUGCAUGUUGUGGCAAUGAUGAAGAUGAUUGA